GAGUUAUUUAUUUAAAAUAAUAAUAAUAAAUUCGGCGUUAGGCGAAGAAUUUAUUCCUAAUUCCGGAUUAUUUUUCUAUAUUCGCCGUUGUUUUAAAAUAUAAGGAUACUUUUUUUUAUUAUUAUUAUUUAAUAUUCGGGUACCGGGUGUUUUCGUCGGGGGGAGGCGAGACGAGAAUCGAGUGGAGUUAACGUAGACGGCGAGUUUAUCGACGAGAGUUUGGCAUCCACCCACAGAUCUCAUCCACUGCAGAGGAAGGCUCAAUAACGCGCUCGCAAAACCGGUAAUGCGGUAAGUGUCUGGCCGGUGACGUCACCGAAGAACUCACCUAGGGAAAGAAGGCGGCGAUAAAUACGAAAUGGGAAAAAAAAUCACCGGUCAUCUCGGAGAUUUGACGCAUCGAUUAGGAAAACAGAUCAGAGAAGCGAUAAGUCUUGGGGCAGCGUCAAACCCGACGGUACAAUGGACGAACCGCACUGUGACGUCAGAGGAGAAGACACUACGCAGUCUCGGGUUUUAGAAUCGUUGCCUCGGUGAAUGAAGACAACAUAACGGUUACGUUAAGCGCUUCGGAUGGUCGACGAGCAACGAGAAAUAUAGAGGAAGGUGGCGAGACAGGAUGGCAGCAGAAGUCAGCUUCACCAAGAGGGCAGCUGCCGAACUGAGCAGGUGUUUCAACGGGUUGACAGUCAGGAGCAAAUCGGGUACCACCGCCGGUAGAACACAGAACUACACGGUUAAUCGAACGGACAGUUCGAUCUUAGAAAGAAGAAGGGCACACAGAGCUUCCAGGAUACGCGACUACCUGGCCACCAUCGUCAAACCCUGCUCCACUCUGGACAUGUGGCAGGAUGCGGGAUUCCUGGUCAGGUUGUUCUCUUACGUGGCCACACGAGACAGGCCCGUUCUGGCCCAGGUGUGCCGAGCGUGGAGGGAUGUGGCCUACCAGCCCGGUUACUGGAAGGGCCUGAUGCCCGUUUUCAACAUGAGAGAGAUCAGAAACUGCGGAGGAACGGACGGGCGCAAGAGGAUGUACCAUUCUAUCGAGAGAAGGGGCCUGGAGGCCCUGUGCCUUUUCGGUACUAACGAUAACGACGCUUAUCACCUGGCGGCUCACUUCCCGGCUCAGUUCGUCAAACACGUGAGACAUCUGUCUCUGAGAUGCUCCAACGUGACGGACAAGGGUCUCGAGACUCUGUUGGCCACCCUUCAAUUCGUCAAUCAAUUGGAGUUGUCGGGAUGCAAUGAGAUCACGGACGCGGGAUUCUGGGCAAGUCUCUCGCCCAGGAUCGUAUCCUUGACACUGACCGACUGCAUCAACGUAGCGGACGACAGCGUUUCUGCCAUUGCUCAGCUCUUACCUUCGUUGUGUGAACUCAAUCUUCAGGCGUACCACGUGACAGAUUCGGGUUUGGCCACGUUCGGGCCGAGACAGAGCAGUUCUCUGUCCGUCUUAAGACUCAAAUCCUGCUGGGAGAUAACAAAUCACGGUGUGUUAAACGUGGUUCACGUAUUGCCCAAUUUGACUGUACUUUCUCUUUCGGGUUGUUCUAAGAUAACGGACGAUGGCAUCGAGCUCUUAGCCGAAAACCUCAGACUCCUCCGUGUUCUCGACUUAUCCUGGUGUCCCAGAAUCACGGAUUCUUCUCUAGAAUACAUAGCCUGUGACCUGACGUUGCUGGAAGAGCUAACUCUAGACAGAUGCGGUCAGAUAACUGACGUUGGACUGGGUUAUCUCUCCACAAUGGCCAACUUGAUGGUACUGUAUCUGAGGUGGUGCACACAGAUUAGAGAUUACGGUAUUCAACACUUAUGCAGAAUGAGGAAUCUACAAGUUAUAUCUUUAGCAGGAUGCCCUCUAAUAACGUCUGCGGGUUUGUCGUCUCUGGCGCAGUUGAGACACCUUCAAGAACUGGAAUUAACAAACUGUCCUUGUGUUACUAAAGAACUGAUCCAUUUUCUGCACGAAAAUCUUCCCACGUGUCUCAUCAUUGAAUAAGUUCCGAUAGAAUAGGAAAGACCAGCAUAUAACUGUUGCACUAUAAGAUAAAUCAAAAUUUGUUUAUCAUCCUAUAACAGCAAAGUAGUUUAACCUUUUUCAUUCUAUUAACCAUAGUUAUUCAUUUUUCUAUUUUGUUUUUUUUUUUUCGAAAGUUUCAGAUCGUCUCGACGUAUACACCCGCUCGGACCAAAUGACGGAAUAAUAAUUUAAAUACCCAGAAAAAAUAAAUCGAGACUAUUUUUAUUAAAUUGAUAAAGUAAUAAUCGAAAUUUAUACUAAUGUUUAUCUCGUCUCCGCCUUCAAAUUAGCUUAGAGUGGCUA